UACGGGGGCGGGUUUUGUUGGUGUCUCUUUCUGUGCAGCUGCGUCAGCCGGAUGAACUUCAGGAGAAUCCGGAUGGAGAGUAUACAGAGGAACACAGGGGUCUGUAUAAGGAUGCGAUAAUGGAGAAACACUGGCACCUCACAUCACUGGAUGUAACCAGUAACAGAGAGGUCCCUGAGAGAUGUCCUCGUCCUCUUUAUUCACAGGAUUGUACAGAGGAGAAUCACAGGAUCCCACAGGAGGAUCAGAAUGAAGAUCUUAGUGUUAUUGAAGUAGAAAUUGUAGAGAAAGAAGAAGAGUCAUAUGUGACUGAUAUUAAGGUAGAAGAUAUAAAGAGAGAAGAAGAGACGUUUAUGACUGAUAUUAAGGUAGAAGAUAUAAAGAGAGAAGACGAGACGUAUGUGAGGGGUGAUCAGCAGUGUAAGGAGGAGGAAAUCCCUACAGAUAUCAGCACAGCAGAUGGUGGUAGAAGCAGGAAUAUCUUGGAGGGAUUUUUCAUGUCAUCUUCAGAGUUUAAAAUAGAAGAUAAGAGCACACAGGAUUCUCCAGGAGAAAACUCAAUGACCCUAAAUUUACAUCCAGUACUUCAUGGUGCAGCUAUGUCAUCUGGUCCUUCUACUGAUGAGAAAUGUUCUCCUGAUAACACAGAUACAUCUCAUACAGACGCUAACAUCUUUGCCUAUUCCGAAUCUGGAAAAUGUUUUAUUAAUCGGUCAGUGUCUGUUAGACAUCAAAGCUCUCAGACAGAUGAGAAAUCCUUUAAAUGUCCUGAGUGUAGGAAACAUUUUACAAAAAAAUCAUAUCUUGUUAGACAUCAGAGACGUCACUCAAGUGAGAGGCCAUUCCCGUGCUCUGAGUGUGGGAAAUGUUUUAUAGACAAAUCAGAUCUUCUUAAACAUCAGAAAACUCACACAGGGGAGAAACCGUUUCCAUGUUCUGCGUGUGAGAGAUGUUUUGUAUUUAAAUCAGAUCUUGUUAAACAUCAGAGACGUCACAGAGGCGAGAAACCGUUUUCAUGCUCUGAGUGUGGGAAACGUUUUACGCUGAAUUCAGAACUUGUUAGACAUCAGAGAAUACACAGGUGAGAAACCAUUUCCUCGUUCUGGGAAAUGUUUUACCGAUGCAUAGUAUUUUGGAAGACUUCAGAAAAUGGCACACUGGAGAAAAAAAACCUGUAAGAUUUUUUUUAUUAAAGUACAAUGGGGUAUAGAGACUCGGUAAGAUCUGGGAGAAUGAAAGUUUGCUCUGGAAUUAUUAACGCCUCCUCCCUCUUUACCCCCAUAGCUUCCUGGCAUACCUCAGUUGAUUUGAAGAUCACUUUGGGUGCUGCCAUUGGCAGUCUGAUAUUUUUAAAUGUUUUAUUUAGCAUUUUAGACCAGGAAGAAACUGUGGAGGUACUUGCUCCCUCCCGUGACCCCUUGAUUAGCACACAAUAAACCCUACAUUACAGCAUAUUCGUGGAGUCCAAAUGUGGAGAAAGAUUUUCCUUCAACCUAGCAUCCAUAAAUUCAGGGGACACCCAUAUUUGAAAGCAGGCGGUCCCCUCUUUUAAGUGAUGGGACCCCUUAGUGCAAAUUGUCUGCUGAUCAGAUGUGGACUAUUCACUUUAAAGGUGGGAGGGCACUACUUGUCCUUUUAUGUCCGGAAGUGAGCCUGUACUCAUCAGUGCACCCAGAUAUGAGAGACAUGGGGGAGUCCCCUCUUUCAAAUUAUGUGGCCCCUGAACAGCUAUGUUUAAUGGCAAUUGCCAGACAAUGUCACCCAAUGCUACAGAAUCAUUUUGUUUUCCAUAGAUGGUUGAGGGCACCAGCAUGGACCACUGGGGAUGUGGAUAGUGCUAGUGAAGAAUAAGGGGGAGGAGGGCCCUGUUCGUAAGAGCUUAUGGCCCUCAUUCCGAGUUGAUCGCUCGCUAGCUGUUUUUAGCAGCCGUGCAAUCGCAUAGGCGCUGCCCACGGGGGAGUGUAUUUUCGCUUUGCAAGUGUGCGAACGCCCGUGCAGCCGAUCUCUGCAAAAACAUUUUGUGCAGUUUCUGAGCAGGUCUAGACUUAAACUCAGCCCUUGUGAUCACUUCAGUUGUUUUGGUGCCAGAAUUGACGUCGGACACCCGUCCUCCAAACGCCCAGACAUGCUUGCGUUUUCCCUACCACUCCCAGAAAACGGUCAGUUGACACCCAUAAAUGCCCUCUUUCUGUCAAUCUUCUUGCGAUCGGCUGUGUGUAUGGAUUCUUCGUUAAAUCCGUAGCUCAGCAACGAUCCGCAUUAUACCCGUACGACGCGCGUGCGCAUUGCGGUGCAUGCGCAGUAGAGACCUGAUUGCAGCUCAGAGAAAAUCGGCAGCGUGAGAUCAACUCGGAAUGACCCCCAAUAUACUAAGGGAGGGGUUGCACAGUUGGAGGGUGAACAGGGAAGGAUAUAUUGCACACUCCUAGUGAACUGGAAAGAAUGUAUAGCACACUUAAAUCUGUGCCGUCUGUUUUAGUGUUGAUUGUUACUGGUCGACUAUACUGUAUAGGACAAGCCCUUUACAUGUUGCCAUAUUUUUUUUUAGAAUUUUUUAUUUAUUCUCAUAACUAGCACCAAUAGGAGCCUUCUGUUAGCUCUUUUUUGACAAGAUAUAUAAAACCAAGUUGAAAAAUUGAAACUUUGGGCCUAAUGGUGUGCACACAUGCGCAGCGGCUGCACUGCACAUGCGCACACAGUGCAAUGCAAAAGCAUCAUCUGGUGCGAUCGCCUCUGCCUGAUUGACAGGCAGAGGCGGUUGCAGGGAGUGCCAGUGACGCUUGAACGCCGUUGGGGGGCAUGGCCCGGACAACGCAGGUGUGUCCGGACCUUUGCUAGCUGCUGCGACCAAAACAUGGAGGGUAGCCGCCUGCCUCCGCAGCUAGGCUGCGUAGACAGGGAGCUACUCACCAAAUGCGAAAGCUUCACCGCCGUGCGAUGCUUUUGCACCUCUGCGCGAGCGGGACAGGGCUUGGCAUGCAGGGUGGACUAGCCCUGUGCUGGGUGUCCUCGCACAUCUACAAUCAGAUCUGAAUCACCCCCCUUGUUCAAAAGCACAAAUUCAGGGCGGUAUCCUAUUAGCCCUGAUGGUGGUCCUCUCAGGAAUUAUUUUUUUUGUAAUUUCUUAUAUUGUCUCAUGUAAAAAAAAAAAAAAAAACUUUGGCCGAAAAACCAUAGGCUCUGCUAAAAGCCGCUGGACAGUUUGUAUUUUCGCAGCACUUACUGCAGCUUUUAAAUGCAUUUGGGAUCCGGUUUCGCCUGAGGCAGGCAAACUCCUGAUACGUUCCAGCGGUCUGGGCUAAUGGCAUAGCCAAGGCAUGCUAAUUAGCUGCGGUAAUUAACCACACCUAAUAGGUUUCUGGCCUCAGUGUGUUAAGGGCAGUACACACUGGGAGAGAUGUGUGCUGAGUGAUCUGUCACAGACCGCUCAGCACACAUCUCUCCCCCCGCACAGCACAGCGUGAUGUGUGCUGGGGGGGGGGGGGGAGGACAGAGGGGGGCCACUCAUUUCACUCAGCGGGUGAAGUGAGCGAUGUGCUAGAUUGAGCCUGCUCAUCGCUAUCUCUGCGGGGCAUACACACGACAAAUCCGUGCUUAAAAUCUAAGCAAUCUAGUCAGAUUGCUUAGAUUUUAAGAGCAGAUCUCUCCAUGUGUACCCCCUUUAAUGGUUGAAUUUAUCACUGCAAUCUAUUAUAGGUUACAUCACACAGACACAUAUCUCUCAGCGGUGUGCAUUGAUUUUGUCUAUUAUCACUGCUGUGGUUUAGUGAAUGGUCGUCACCCACCUGGAUCUAGAUACUAGCACAGUCACUGUACCCACCAUUUGGCUUGAGCCAGGCAUUAGCUGAGUCACUGUACCCACUAUUUCACUGGUGCCAGUAACUAGCACAGUCACUGUACCCACCAUUUUCCUAUCGCCAGGAACUAGCACGGGCACUCUACCCACUAUUUGCCGGGAGCCAGGAACUAAAACAGUCACUGUAUACGGAUUGGGGCUGAGUUGCCAGGACGUUCAGGAUGCCGGAUGUCAGAAUACUGACCGUGGCAUACCGAUGGUUAGAAUCCAGAGAGGGGUUGAGUGAGUAUGCUAACCAUUCCCCCUCUAACCCUCACAGCAGCCUAAACCUAACCCCCCCCCCCCCUCAGCCUAAGCCUAACCCCCCUCGCUGGUGCCUAAACCUAACCCCUCCUGCCCGCAGCGUUAACCUUACCCCCCCUUCCCACAGUCUAACCCUCCACCUCUACCUAAACCGCACCCCCUACGACUCACCUCACUGGCGGCCAGGCAGUCACUUAUCCAAAAUCCCAGCUGGCAGGAUGCUGGUGCCGGGAUUGUGAUCUCAUUUGGGAUGCUGGCGUCGGCAUUCCGAGCAGUGUCAGGAUACCGAAUCCACUGUAUACACCCUCUGCAUGGAACCAAGAAAGAAAGCAUAGUGGUUGAAUCCACGUACAUGUAUCCCAACCAACAGCCACAGUUUUGCUGCUACCUCACGUAUGAAGUAGUUCCCCCACCUUUCAGAAUGUAUGACCAAUUUAGCAGGAUCAUCCUUACCUUCUGUUUCGUGUCAUUGUACUGUAUUUGUUUACAUUACGAUCCCCUCAGAGUAAUGAGCUGAAUGUGUUGGUGCUUUAGAAAAUGAAAGCGAAUACAAGAUGAUUCUUGUAAGAAUUACAGCAUAACACACAGCAGAUGCCGCCAUUUGGUGGCUGAAACAUCACCCAUGAGAAAACAACCUAUCCAUUCACUAGGAGCUAGUGACAUCACUGAGAUACUCCAUGUAUUACACCACUGUAUUGUAAAGAAUGCCCCGAAAAUGGCUGCCGGCGCUGUGUGUCAGUGACAGUUGUCCUUUGAUGCGAUAUUGGAAUGUAUGUAACACCUUCACCAUAAAAAUAAUUUGAGUCUCAUAGUUGUCGCUCUUUUUCUGUGCAAGCGAAUGUACAUUACUGGUCUAUGUUUUAUAAUGACUCCUAUAGUGUGUAGUUUGCACAGUGAGUAAUUAAAUGUUUUAUGUUCAGUAUUCAUUUUAUAUUGUAUUUAUACUUUACAAUUAUUUGAUGACUAAGUCUGUUAAAUAGCAUUACUGUGUAUAGAUUUAUAUGAUAUUCAGUUAUAUAGUCUGUACACAAAUAUGGUAUUAAAAUCUGCAAUUGGCAACCAUGUU